CUACUUUCCUUCAAUGGCAUCUUCUCUAGUUCAGUUACUACUUUUUUCCUGCUUCAUUUCUAUCUCCUUCUCUGUUGCACAAACAUCCUCAAAACCCAAGGCACUUGUCCUCCCUGUCUCCAAAGAUGCCACUACUCUCCAAUAUGUAACCCAACUGAAUAUGGGAACCCCACUUGCCCACAAGGACUUUGUGGUCAACCUUGGAGGCCGGCACUUAUGGAUGGAUUGCGACGAUGGAUCAUAUGUCUCAUCAACAUACAAACAGAGUCUUUGUGGUUCAGCACCAUGCUCCGUGGCCAAAGCCACUUGUAGUGGUGCUUGCUUACCUGGUCAUCAUAGACCAGGCUGCAACAACGAAACUUGUUAUGUCCUCUCUGAAAACACAGUCAGAGGCGGAUAUGAAGUUGGAGAUGUUUCCAGAGAUAUAAUUGCCCUCCAAUCCACGGACGGUGUACAGGCCGGCUCAACCGUAUCUAUUUCUGAUUUUAUCUUCGCUUGUGCCAAUGCUUGGGAUCUUAGUAGUCUUGCUGGUGGUGCUAAGGGAAUGAUUGGACUUGGAAGGGAACGAAUUGCUCUGCCAACUCAACUUUCUUCAGCAUUUGGUGGAAGCUUUCGGCGUAAAUUCGCCAUAUGCUUGCCUUCCACUUCCAAAUCCAGUGGUGUUAUGUUCUUUGGUGACUCUCCAUAUGUAUUCUAUCCAGGUUACAAUACAUCAAAGGCUAUUGACGUCUCAUCAAGAUUCAAACAUACACGACUCUACAUCAACACUAUAUUCACAGGAUCAUCCAUUGUGAUACGAGGACCCCCAUCGCCAGAGUAUUUCGUCGAGGUCACAUCUAUUAUGGUAAACAAAAAACCCAUUCACGUAAACUCAACGUUGCUUGAGUUUAAAGAGACGGGGAAGGGGGGAACAAAAAUAUCCACAGUAGAACCUUACACCAAGCUGGAAACCUCUAUAUACAAGGCUCUGGUUAAGGCGUUUGAUGAGGAGAUUGCAGUUUGGAAUGUGAGCAAAGUAGCACCUAUGGCCCCCUUUACAGAUUGCUAUACAAUAGGAAAUAUGGGAAUGACACCUCUUGGAGUUGGUGUCCCCGACAUCGCGCUGGUGUUCGAGAACAACAAGAAUUUAUACUGGGAAAUGUAUGGAGCUAAUUCAGUGGUGGAGGUGAGCAGCGAUGUAGUGUGUUUAGCGUUUUUGAAUGCAGGUGAUGAGCCUGUAAUAACAACACCAAUAGUGAUUGGGGCACACCAGUUGCAGGAUAAUCUUUUGCAGUUUGAUCUUGCUUCUAACAGGCUGGCUUUUACUUCCACACUCCUAUGGGAAGAAGUCGAGUGCUCCAAUUUCAAAUUCUAGGAUGGAAUCUUGUGCUGGUAUUAUGUAUUUUCAAUAUAUUAUAGUUUGAUUUUGUAUAUCAUCAAUCAGUUUGA